GGCGAGAUUUUUGAAAGUUUAUAGCCAUUUAAAUGACAUGUGCAAAUUAACAAUAUUUACAUGUUUUACUUUAAGUCUGUUGGUCUUGAGCAGAGCUCAGCCAACUGGCCGUAUUGUUGGCGGAUUACAUGCUGUUGAAGGUCAAUUUCCACAUCAAAUAUCUCUACGGCGAACUGGCUCACACACUUGCGGCGGUUCCAUAAUAACCCGUAAUUACAUUUUAACCGCUGCCCACUGUGUAGGUGCUGAAGACGAAGAUGGUGUAUACCAUGUGUAUGAUCCCAGUUUAUUCACCAUUCGAGCUGGUUCCACUAAUCGAUUGAUGGGUGGUGUCGUCAAACAAGUUGUCAAGAUUAUAGUACACGAAAACUAUGGCAAUUUUAUUAACGAUGUAGCCUUACUGAAACUUGAGUCUAGCCUAGUAUAUUCCGACAAUAUCCAAUCCAUCGCUCUAGCAAGUUCAGAAGUUCCCGUUGCCAGCAGUGUCGUAAUAUCUGGCUGGGGUCGUUUGAAGACCGGUGGUGACAGUCCCAAUAAAUUAAAGUGGAAUACAUUGGAAUCAAUUUCGAAAUUGAAAUGUUUUACAUCGAUAUUCAUGUCAUCGGAUGCUCUAAUUUGCUUGGCUCAUCAACAAGAUAACGGUGCUUGCAAUGGCGACUCUGGAGGCCCUGCUACCUUUAACGGUGAGUUGGUCGGUGUUGCAGGCUUUGUUGUUGGUGGUUGCGGUACUAAAAAUCCUGACGGUUACGCCAAAGUAUUUUACCACGUGGAUUGGAUUAAACAACAUUCGGAUUUGUAGAAAGAAACACAUUUGUUUCCAA